UGACAAAGUGACAGUAUCGCCGAGGUAUUUGCGGUCACCAUCUUCUGAUUAAAUGUCAACCCCUGCCGUCACUCAGCAGCCUGGAAUCACGUCUUAUGGCACCAACGUUCAGACAGGCGAAUGGAGUACAGGUCUCUGCUCCUGCUGCAAUGACAUGCUGGUCUGUUUUGUGGGGUUUUGUUGUCCUAUGGCAGUGAGCUGUUACACCGCUCAUUUGUAUGGAGAGAAUGUGUGUCUGGGUUGUAUCCCAGGCGGGACUACAGCCUUAAGGACACACAUGCGGCUGACAUAUGGAAUUCAGGGAACGAUCUGCAAUGACGCGCUCAUGACGUGCUGCUGUGGCCUGUGCGAGAGUUGUCGGAUGGCUCGGGAAGUUCGGAUCCGGAAUGGAGAAGUCUAGAGCGAACCUGAAGAUGUGUUUUAUGUUUUUCAUUAAGUUCCUGUCUUCUCUGUCGCACCAGUUUGUGAUCCACCUCGGUUUUUCCCGCACAUAUUUAAGUGUUCUGUUGGAAAAAAAAAAGCCCACUGUCCAAAAAGUGUUCCCUACAAACAAUCACGUUUCACAAAGAUGUAACUUUAUUUUCCCCACUUGUUAUCUUGUUUUCCAAGAUUGCAGGGGGGGGAUAAAUUGCUAAUGUGUUCAAAAACUAACUUAAUCGUGUUCAUCUUCAAUAACACGCCGAACAAUGAAUUAAGGAGCUGCGGAUACCUCCCAAAGCCUGCGUGGUCUUUAACAGCAGUGCAAGCUACAGGUUCGUACAUUCACGCUAAUAAAGCAAUAAGAGUUGAAUAA